AUACCCAUCUCUCCUAUAUAUAAAAGCUACCUCUCUUGCCUUUCUUCUCCCUAUAAGUCUUCCCUCUUGUUCCCUUUGCCUUUGCUUUGGGGUUUCCUUUUCCCAUCCGUACAUGGGUUUCUUUGCUUGAUUCCAAUCGGCUAAGCUAGCUCAGGUUUGGUUUGGGACUUGAGGGAUUCAGAUAAGUGAAACACAUACAAGCUUAAGGGUAGCAUGGAAGCUCAGAACUUUGCUGUUAAUGGAGGAGUGAAGAUGCCUAUUGGUUACAGGUUCCAUCCUACAGAUGAAGAGCUUGUGGUUCAUUACUUGAAGAGAAAGGCUUUGAAUCUUCCUUUACCUUCUUCUGUCAUUCCCGAGUUGGACGUUUUGCAGACCGAUCCUUGGAGCCUGCCUGGUGAUGUGAAAGAAAACAAAUAUUUCUUUAGCAAAAGGUAUGGUAAUGACAGUAACAACAAACGCAAGAGUUGUGGUUACUGGAAGGCCAUAGGCAAAGAGAAACCAAUUUUAGCUUCUGGGGCCAAUCAAGUAAUCGGUAUGAGAAAAGCUUUGGUUUUCUGUGAAAGGAAGCGUUCAAAUGAGACCAACACUCGAUGGUUUCUGCAUCAGUUUCGCCUUGUUGGCUCUGCUGAAUCACUUUAUCCUACACAGAUGCUCAGUAGGGAAAGGCUUGGGGAAUGGUCAGUUUUCAAGGCGAUUCAAAGGAAGAGAAAAGCUAAAAAACAUGGUUCUGGCAGAAAUCAGACAAGUAGUGCAGUCCACAUGGCUAGUUGCAUUGAUUUCACAGUGGAAGACAGCUCUGUCUUUGGUCUUCCUCCUCAACCCUCGUCACCAAGCUCGAGUGAAACUACUGGGGUGUGCACCAAUGGAUUAUUAGAUGAGAAAAUUAGUUCUUUAUCACAUUGUUGUACGAGAAAGCAGUGAAAAGAAAUACAGUUUCACUGUAUGAGAUGUUUUUUUUAAUGUGCAAGAAGGCAAAA